AUGGAGGUAAAAUCUUAUUUUUAUUAAUUUCCGUUGUUAAUUUAGUUAUUAGCGGCAUUUUUGAUAAUAAAGACUUGUAAAACGUAAUUUUUUAGGGAUCAGGAAUGUCUCACGAUGAAUUUAACUUUAAUCGUAUGUCGACCACAGACGUAACUUUUUCUAGCGUGUAUUCAACUGGCAGAGACACGACUGGAGACAAUGCUGUUCUGGAUUAUGGUAAGGUCUUUUUAUGGGAAAUGUUGUGUUAGCUGCGUUUUUCAGUAUUUUAAAGAUUUGUUGUUAGUUUUGCGAGUUGCUCGAUGAAUUUUUUUUUUAAUGGCAGCAUAAUUUAUUGGCUAUUUUACAAAAGUCUUGAAGUUUAAUAAGUUUGACAAUAAAAUGGACCGAUAUAGAUAUCAUAACGAAAACUGGUUUUGAUGCAUAAUUUUGCAUCAAGAAAUAUAAUUUUUCAAAGAUAAAAUUUUUGUUUAGAAGGCCUGAAGGAGUUGACGAAUGACACAUCAAACGAACGUUAUUCUACAAAGAUCUUCGUUGGAGGUAUUCCAUUAGGAACAACUGAUGCCUACCUACGUCAAUGUUUUGGAGCUUACGAUUUGUGUGAGGUCAACUGGCCAGGAAAGAAGAAGUUUGAGGAUUCUCCGGCUAAUGGUAAGUUUUUGCAUUAAAAAGUAACCAGGCUAUCGAAAUAUCGAUACGCUAUUAUUUCUGUAUAUAUUAAUUUACUUGGUUUAGUGUGGAUAAUGUUUUAUUUCAUUUGGUGAACUAAAUAAUGUUGCAAAGAAUUAUCAUUUAUAUAAUAUUUACAAUUUGGAAAAGGUAUUUUAAAUUUCAGGAUAUUGUUUCAUUCAAUUUCGACAUGCUGAAGCCGUCAGAGCUGUGUUGAACUCAUGUGAUUACCGUGACGGACGUUAUUGCUAUGCUCUGGGUCGUAGACGUGACAUUGUGAGUGAAAUAUAUAUUAUUUACUAUAUUUAUUGUUAGUUCUGACUUAUUAUUGGUAUUUUUUAAAUUUAUUUUAUUUGAGUCUUAUAUUUUUUAUAAUUUAGGUACAAAUCCGUCCAUGGCGUCUCAACGAUUCUACUUUUACUAUCUCAACCUUGUGGAGUCGAUUUGUGCGUUUGUCAGUGUUCGUUGGAGGUCUUCCUCGAACUUUGAAAGCAAUGGAGCUUUUUGAUUAUGUUCAGAAAAAGUUUGGCAACGUUCUCCAUUGUUCGAUAGAGCUGGAGUUUGAAACAUCUUAUCCAAAAGGUGCAGCAAGAGUUAUCUUUGGAGAUAUCGACAGUUAUCGUGCUGCCGCAGCUGCUGGACAUCUUGAACAUCAAUGGUAUCCGGAAAAUCACUUCAAUACUAGAUCUGUGAGUUCUUUUGUAUGUUUUUAUACUAUUUACGGUUUUAAACUGGUUCAAAACUCCUUAUGGUGUGUUUUAGAGAUAUUAACUAAAAUAAGGACUUAUUUCAGGUUGAAUUCAAGCCGUUUGUCUACAAGAACAUUGAGUGUGAAGUCUGUAGUUCAGCUACUUCGAAAACUGAGUUCUGUCCUGGAAAAGAAUGUCUACUUUACUAUUGUGCUCAGUGCUACAACAAUGUGCACAGACCAGGAAAUGGAUUGUAUUCGUUUCAUCAGCGUUGCAAUGUUGUUCCAAGAGACCUGCCAACCAGCUGUAGAACAGAGAAGAAGGAUUUGGAGGAAGAAGCUAGAACUGAAAAGCUUUUGGCUCAAGCUAAUGAGGUAUGGUUUAUAUUGUCAUUGGUUUUUGGUUUUUUUUUCUGUUUUUGGGUUUAAAAUGGAUAUUAUAAUUGAACCGAGGUCAAUUUUACUCGUAAAUUUGUGUUUUUGAUAAUUUUUGUUAAAAGUUAGUUGUAUUAUUAACCUUAUGAUAUUUUGUAUUAGUUUUUAAAAUCGUUUUCAAACUUUUUGUUUCGAACUGAUGCAUUGUAUAUUAUAGUACUUUCAACAAGAAGAAUUGUCGACUAGCUUCAGUCAGAUGAGCACGGAUGAAAAUGUUCAGACGACUUCUUCAGGAAAGAAAAAAGAUGGUGAUAACAACCAAAAAAGACCGCCUAAGUUCAACAUGCUUCAGAGCUAUGGUGUUUUGCCUUGA